UGGAAGGAAAAACCAUUGUAUUCUCAAAUUGAGCGAGAGAGAGAGAGAGGGAGGGAGAGAGGGAGAGGGAGGGAGGGAGGGCGAGGGAAAUGGCAGAUUCAAGCGACUCGGUGUCCAUUGAUAUCGAAACGAUCUCUCUUGGUGGGAAGGAGCAUCUUAUAGAAACUCGCCAAGGUGCUAUUUCUGUUGCUGUAUAUGGAGAUCAGGACAAGCCAGCUCUAAUCACUUAUCCUGAUUUAGCUCUAAAUUAUAUGUCCUGCUUUCAAGGACUAUUCUUUUGUCCAGAAGCAUGUUCCUUGCUCCUCCACAAUUUCUGCAUAUAUCAUAUUAGUCCUCCUGGGCAUGAGCACUUUCUUCAAGAAACAUUGCAGUUAGGAGCUGCCACUAGCACCCCGCAUGACCCUUUGCUUUCUGCUGAUGACUUGGCAGAUCAGAUUGUGGAGGUUCUCAACUUCUUUAGGCUUGAUGCAGUAAUGUGUAUGGGGGUUACAGCUGGCGCUUACAUUCUUACCCUCUUUGCUAUGAAAUACAGACAACGGGUUCUUGGUUUGAUACUUGUUUCUCCUCUUUGCAAAGCACCCUCUUGGACAGAAUGGUUGUAUAACAAGGUGCUAUUGAAUUUAGUAUACUACUAUGGCAUGUGUGGAGUCGUGAAGGAGUUACUGCUAAAGCGGUAUUUUAGCAAGGAGGUUCGUGGUUGUUCUCAAGUGCCAGAAUCAGACAUAGUUCUGGCCUGCAGAAGAUUGUUGGAUGAAAGGCAGAGCUUGAACGUGUGGAGGUUUCUCGAAGCAAUGAAUGAGAGGCCAGACAUCACUGAAGGAUUGAGAAUGCUGCAAUGCCGUUCUCUAAUUUUUGUUGGGGACAGUUCUCCGUUUCACUCUGAGGCGGUUCACAUGACUUCGAAACUAGAUAGAAGAUACAGUGCCUUGGUUGAGGUUCAAUCAUGUGGGUCAAUUGUAACUGAGGAACAGCCUCAUGCCAUGUUGAUCCCGUUGGAGUACUUUCUCAUGGGAUAUGGUAUGUACAGGCCGCCUAAGUGUAGUGUCAGCCCAAGAAGUCCCUUGAGUCCGCUUUGCAUCUCACCAGAGCUUUUAUCACCAGAAAGCAUGGGUUUGAAGUUGAAACCAAUAAAAACGCGAAUGUCUUGACAGGUUUUGCGAAGAGGCUGUAAAAUUUUCUUUUUGUUAUCUAUUUACUUACAGACGUUUCAAAUUUCUUUCAUUUGUUUUAAUAGGAUGAGAAGGGAGAUCAAUAGACAUUUGUAGAUAAGAUGGAAAAGAGGAAAUAUAGGUGAAUAGAAAUGUUAGGAAGAAAGCAAAUGGUGUCAUUCAUUCUUUUGUAAUUAUAAAAUCAUUAGUUCCUUCCAAUCACCAAGUUCUCUGUAAAAUUCUCAUAAUAAGUUCUUCGACCAUCCAUAUCGAAUGAUAGUGAUAUAUCAAUAUGAGAGGUUAGCUUGUUGAUUCAA